UUUAUCUGAAGAUCUGGAAUGAAAAGAGACUAGAGAAACCUCAAAAUGAAGGGACAUAUCACUGACCUUCAGAACCACUCCACAACCAUGAAUAUUUGACAAAUUUUUACUGUGACUAUUUAUUAAGCAUGGAUAAAGAAGAACAGCCCUAAAGGAACUUGUUAAGCCAGCCCUUUGGGACCCAGUAACAACAGGCAAAUUGCUUGUUUUUCUUCUUCUUUUUUUCUUUUUCCUUUUUUUUAAAGAUAAACUGAUUUUCUUGAGAAAAGAAAAAACAAAACUGUUCUUUAUAUAAUGGCUUGCCCAUUUAAAAAAAUGUGGCUCUUAAGGGUUCAUUAAAUGACUGAAUAUGAGGAUACAUGUUCUGUAGAAAGCAAAUGGGCCUCAUAUACUGCCAAAAAUAGUGUUAGUUUCAUUAAUGUGAAUUUCCAGCAUACAGUAGUUGUAAUGUUAGAAACAAUUGCUGGUCAAGUUCAACUUGUUGCUAUUGUUUUUAAUUUGCACAGGAGUAGUAUCAGAAAUUAGUGUUCACUGCUUGUAUCUAGCUGAAUUUUAAACAACAGAACAUUAGUUUUUUAUGUUGGUGCCACCAACUGUAAAUGACAUAAGUUAGUUAUUACAAACCACAGUAAUUAGACUGUUGCAACCAUCUAAAAACCUUUAGGCUUCCAGUCUGUGCUGUUAGUGUUAAGAUGUAAAGUGCAAUCCUAAGCUAACAUUGUCUGUGCAAGCACCAUAGAAACAUUUGCAUAUCUGCAUAUAUCUUACAACUGUACUCUUUACCUCCUUGUGAUAAAGCUUUGUCUACCUGCAAACACAGUCAAAGGCUACAGCUGCAAACCAAAGCCAACUCUAACAAUGGCCAAUAGCUCAACGACAGAAGCAGCCACAUGCUUUGGUCAGCCUUCUGUAACUUUAAUUAGUACAAAGGAACCUUUCCAUGAACUACCUGCUGUUUUCUGAUGACCUCUGGGAUCUUUUCAUUUAGCCCUGUACAAAGAAACAAAUAUGAAAAAAAGUCAAUUCAGUCACAGUGUAAUCUUCUGAGGCCAAAAGUCAAUCUAAAUGCAGUGAAGAUUUGCUUUCAUUUAAGACAGAGGUGAGAACAAAGUCUGCAGUGGAAGUUAUGAUAGAAAGCAACAAAUGUGGAUCACUGACCAAAAUAAUUAUGUACUUGAUGCAAAUGCAGAUUGCAUAUUGUUAUAUAUAAUACAUUAUGUUUGUUUUUUUUUUCCCAUUCGGUCUGUUUUUUUCUGUGGUGAAUACAUGUUGUUAGAAGAUGUCUUGUAUGGUCUUAAUCUUUGUUGUGUACUAUUUUUUAUAGUCUUAAGUUAUAAUGAAAAAAAAAAAGUAGGAACCAAACAUAAAGGUCUAGUAAAGCCAAAAAUUAAUUUCAUAUUGAUUUAAAGUGAGCUAGGUGAGUUUUUACACUGAAAGCAAAGAUAUAGCAAUUGUAGUCCAUGGUAUUUAUUUUCAGUCAAACCAAAGUUACAUAUAAUUCUGCCUCUGCUUAUACGGGAUAUUAACACUAACAAUACACUCCCUUUGGAAGACUUGCACAGGCCAAAUUGUUGGAAUGCUGGUUUUUUUGACAACUCCAAACCCAAAAAAAAUGAUAAUGCGUUAUGGUGUAGUUGAAAAUAGCAUAGUCAGAUGUUUGCUUAAAACCUAGAAACUUUACGUGUUGCUUUUCAUGUGCUGUGCCAAGUCUUGAUAAUACUUUUUCCCCCAACCAAGGGACCUCAUAACCUGAUUAUGGUUAUUGCUUUACAAACAGUUUUUGACAGAAGGUGGCUGCUAGAGCUUAAUAUACGUACCAGUUCCAUGUGAUGGUCCUGGUUCUUGCAAACUAAGCUCAUCAUUUAUUCUUUGCUGAAGUCAGCAAAUAGACUUAAAGAUAUACACAGUCAUCUACCACGCCAAAUAAAAGGACAUAACGGCUUUCAAAAGGGUUUUCCCACUUACCCAAAAGGCUUUCUGAAAGCUUCUACCUCUGCAAAAGAAAAAAAAAAAAAAAGAAAAAAAAGAAAAAAAAAAGAAAAACAAAAGAAAUUAGAACCAUUAUGGCAGAUUGCAUGAAUUGUGAGAACGUCACAGUAACUGCUACUUUUCAUUAUGUUUGUCUUUGGGUCAUGAUCAACAAAAGGUUUACGGUACUUACAUCGAGAGAAGGAUUCACCUUGUAAGCGAUUAUUUUCAGUCAAUCAGUCGUCUAAGAUUCUGAUGUGGGGUUUACCUGAAAGGGAAUGAAGGGUCUUUCUGAGUGCAUGUUCAAGAGACUUUGAUGGACUGGAAGUAAAUGUGGUAACUGUACCAUCAGGAAGGUGGCCUAAGACUACAAUGCUAAAGUAUGCAUACCUCAGUUACAAAACUUUUGAAAGGAAGUCUCAGCCACAGAAUGCAUAUACCUGUAGAGUUUUGCAUGGGUUUUAUAUAAAUACAAUUUAAAAAAAAAAUAGCUGCUUGCACAUUAUACCAGAAAAACCUCCAAAACUGCAAUUGCUUUGAAAAUAGAUUUUAGGUUUUUUGGAGUUUUCUGAGAUGCUUGGUCUGUAUUUUGAUAAUUGUGCAUAUUAUGUAAAAAUGUUGGUGGACCCAUAAAUGACCAGACUUUUUCUAAGAAAAAUGUUGCUUUAAUGCAUUUCAUGUAUUUUUACUCUUAUAUCAUUGCUUGCUAGUAAUAGCAAAUCUGCUUUUCUGCAUCUGCUUUGCGUAGCUAUUGUAAGGCUUUGAACUAAUGUAUGUAUUUAUUGCUUGAACUUCUGUGCAUACCUUAUAAAGCAUAUUGUCUGACAAUUUAAAUGGCUCAUGUAUUCUUGCUUCUAUCAUACGCUGAGGACGGGGAUGAUGAUCUUUUGUAUACAGCAAAUUUUAACUGUAGCACAAACAUCUGUUUCUGUAUUUGUGGGAUAUACCUGUUUUAUUUAUCUUUUUUGAGGUAAACUAAUUUUUGAUACUUUUCA